AUUAGAUUUGAGUUGAGGUGGUUUUCGUUUUGAUGCUGGCUUUCUUCGGAGUCUCUUUCGGCGCGGUUCACAAAGUGGGCGACUCCACUGGCUGGACUAGUCUCGGAAAUAUUGAUUACCUCAAAUGGGCUUCCACCAAGACCUUCCAUGUAGGCGACUCUCUUCUUUUCAAGUACAACCCACAAUUCCACAACGUGAUGCAAGUGACCUACAAUGAUUACCAGUCGUGCAACGCAACGUCGUCAAUCGCCUCCUACACCUCCGGAUCUGACUCAGUGACCCUCAAAAGGCCCGGCCACCUUUAUUUUCUUUGCGGCGUCCCGGGACACUGCCAAGCCGGACAGAAAGUCGAUGUGUUGGCUAAACCGUCGUCCAAAGGCCCAACCGCAAGUCCUAGCCCGUCUACAUUGGGUUCGUCUCCAGCAAACUCACCUUCAGAAAUGGUGAGUGCACCUGGCCCGGCUCAAAGCAGUGCCUUGUCUCUCCUCUCCUCCAGGGUUUCGAGUAUCGUCACAGUUUGUAUCGUCGGUUUGGCCUUCUACUUCUAAGCGGACAGUCCUUAUGAGUUAUAUUUGUGUUUAAAGUAAAGACUACAGUGGAACGGCUUUAUCAUUUUAGGUCAUAUGGUAUAAACGGCUUUGCUUGGUUUCCAGAUGAAAUUAAUGUUUAAUUUUUUAAAAA